AUGCAGCGUCCUCUGAUAUCCCAAAGAACCGUGUUAUUGGUGGUAGGUGUUCUUUUCCACUUACUGUACUUAUGGUCCAUAUUUGACAUUUAUUUUGUGUCACCUUUGGUCCAUGGGAUGCAGCAACAUAGAAGUACACCUAAUCCUCCUGCAAAGCGUCUUUUCCUUAUGGUGGGAGAUGGUCAAAAAGCAGAAACGACAUUUUCUAAAGUUCACCACCCGGAGAUGGAUGAAGACAUAUUUCUUGCACCAUAUCUAAGAUCCAUCAUCCGAAAUGAGGGAACUUAUGGAAUUUCACACACAAGAAUGCCGACCGAGUCGAGGCCCGGUCAUGUGGCUAUGAUUGCCGGUUUUUAUGAGGAUGUGAGUGCUGUUACUAAGGGCUGGAAGGAGAAUCCUGUCGAUUUCGACUCCUUCCUCAACCAAACUUCCCAUUCCUACACUUUCGGAUCGCCGGACAUUCUUCCGAUGUUUGCCAAAGGUGCGUCCGACUCUGGGAAAGUUGAAAUGUGGAUGUACGGAGCCGAAUUCGAGGAUUUCACGCACUCUUCAAUUGAUCUCGACCAGUAUGUCUUUGAUCAUCUGGACUCAUUGUUUCAAAACUCCACUCAGAAUAGCACUUUAUCUAAACAGAUCCACCAUGAUCAAACUGUCUUCUUCUUGCAUCUUUUGGGAACGGAUACCGCUGGUCACAGUUAUCGUCCUUACUCUGUUGAAUAUUACGACAAUAUCCGGUAUACCGACAAGAUGAUCAAGCGCCUAGUCAAACAGGCAAAUGACUUCUUUGGUGACGAUAAGUCUGCCUUUAUCUUUACGGCUGAUCACGGAAUGAGCGACUUUGGCUCACACGGUGAUGGACAUCCAAAUAACACCCGUACACCGUUUAUUUGUUGGGGUGCCGGUUGCAGCAAGCCGGUGCACAUUAAUCCAGAUGAAAACGAGUAUUUGCAGGAUCCAUACGAGGCAGAAGAGAUGCAGAAUUGGUACUUAGAUGAUAUUAAGCGAAAUGACCUCAAACAGGCAGAUAUUACAUCUUUGAUGAGCUAUCUUAUUGGCUCUAAUUACCCAGCCAACUCAGUUGGUGAGCUUCCAGUCGAAUAUCUCGAUGACAGCAUUUCUAAGAAGGUCAGGGGUCUUUAUGUCAAUGCAUUGAGUAUCCUCGAGCAGUAUAAUGUGAAGUUAUCAGAAGUUUUGGCCACACAACUAAACUUUAAACCAUUUCCAGGUUUUGAGCUCAAGCCAAUUGAAAAAUACACCGCUGAAAUUGAAUCUCUUCUUUUAAAACUAGAGUCAGAUCCAUCUCUAGAGGAUGAGACUAUUCAUACAAUUGAACAGUUCAUUAACACCACUUUGGAAGGAUUGGAUUAUCUUCAGAAGUACAACUGGAUGUUGAUGAGGACAAUUGUCACAUUAGGGUUCAUCGGAUGGAUCAUAUAUUCGUAUACCAUGUUUCUUGAACUCUUUGUUCUCCACACAGAAACUACUGUCAAAACUAAACCCGUCAAGACUGAAAGCUCCGGUAAUGGCUUUAUCCAUCUUGUUGCUCUCGGAAUCUACUCGGCAGUUGUAGCCGUUUUUGUCAUCGAAAGGGCACCUUUGGACAAUUUCCUAUAUGCUGCUUUCCCAGUAUUUUUCUGGGAUCAGAUCUUGGUUAAGAGAAUUCAAUUGAUAUCUGGAACCGCGAUCUUUUUUAGUGGAAUGGGCAAGUUGACCAUCGGCCUUAUCUUUGUUGCUAUAUUGGCUUUCUUUGAGGCCGUUGCAUACGGAUUCACGCAUCGAGAGAUAUUCACAUUUAUGUUCAUUCUUUUGGGAUUGUAUCCGAUUAUCUUGGAUCGUAAGAAGCACCAAAUUGGUCUUAAAACGAUCAUAUAUUGGAUUGUGCUCAGUGUUUGCCUUUCAUAUUUCCCAUCGCAGAAUCCGGUUAAAACAGAGAACUUACAAUUGAUUGUGGGUUCUGGUGUCUUAAUGAUAAUUACCGGAUUCAUUUGCUUCUUAAAAUGUCCGACAAUGUCCGGAUACACCAGAAAUGUGAUUUUUGUUCAGUUGCUACUUAUCGCAUCGUCAAUUUACUCAGUGAGUAUAGCUACUAUUUCGUUACAGAAAAAGGAAGGUCUUCCAAAGGUGGCACAGAUACUUAACUGGUUCAACUUAACAUUCUCGCUCAUUGUUCCUUACUAUCUACAUUCAUUGCAUCCAAACAGAAACUACAAAGUUCGAUACUUGGUGAUUUACUUGGUUUUUGCACCAACGUUUUUGAUUUUGACCAUAUCCUUCGAGGCUUUGUUCUACGUUCUUUUUGCUUUAAUGCUAAUCGAAUGGAUCGAUAUCGAAAAUCAUCUCAGGGACAGUGGAACAAAAUGGAUGCAGCUUUUACGAGUUGCCAUCAUUGGAUUCUUUUACUUGCAAAUCGCGUUCUUUGGAACAGGAAACGUCUCUUCAAUAUCCUCAUUUUCUCUAGAGUCAGUUUAUAGAUUGUUACCAAUUUUUGAUCCAUUCCCAAUGGGUGCAUUGCUUGUGCUCAAGCUCAUUAUCCCAUACAUUCUUCUCAGUAUCAGCUUGGGACUCAUGAAUGUGAAGCUUCAUUUGAGAAUCUUUUCGAUUUCAACUUUGCUCAUUUCCUUCAGUGUGAUCCUUUCGCUCAAUUUCUUCUUUAUGGUAAAAACUGAAGGUUCGUGGUUGGACAUUGGCCUUACCAUUUCAAACUACUGCCUUGCAAUUUUGAGCUCAUUGUUCAUGAUUACUUUAGAGUUCACCUCACACUUGCUUCUCCAUGAUGUCGUUAUAACUGAUGUUGAUGCAUCCUUAAAGAUGACCGAUAAAGGUUAUGAAGAUAUUUUAAAGGAAAUAGAGCGUGAUUCUUUGCAGGAUGGAUCUAUUGCCAGCCGUGUGAGAAGGAGAGGGAGCGGAAAGAGUAAGAAGGCAAAUUAA